AUGAGACGGAGACAACUUCUCUCACUACCCCUCCUAACCAUCUCCCUCCUCCUCACAAACACCCCCGCAGUCCUCGCCCAGCUGCAGCCCUUCUUCCCAGCCGAGACGGCCACACCCACCGCGGGCCGGCUUCGAGCCGCACACCCAGUCCAAGAACUCUUCGCCCGCCAGACCGACGGCUGCAUCGCCGGGACCAACAGCUGCGCAAACCAAGGCUCCGCCUUCAGCGGCAUCUGCUGCGCGGACGGCCAGACCUGCGCCCUGGACGCCGACAACUCCCCGGCCUGCUGCCCCUCCGGCGCCGUGUGCACCGGGACCGCGCCCUCGAGCUUCCGGCCCCCGACGACGACGGCCGUCAGCUACGUGCCCAACAAUUACUUCAGCUUCCCCUACAUCGCGACCUCCUUCUCCAACGAGGGCGCCUGCUCCCGCGCCGUCUCGCAGUGCAGCGCCAACUACGCCGCGUGCACCGAAGACCUCGGCGGCGGCGGCGGCGGCGGUGCCGUCACCGUCGUCGUGCCGGCUGGUAACGGGCAAACGACCACCAUCGGCGCCAACGCCGGCGCCACACUGCCGACGGCGAGCGCCUCGAGCGUCUGCCAGAGCCUGAGCAGCGUGGCCUGCCACUCGAUCCAGGGCUCGUAUUGCGAGGCCGGGUCGACGGCCGGGUUCACGGUCGGGAGCGCGAACGCGGCGCCGACGCACUUGCCGUGUAUGGGCGUCGUGGCGGGGGUUGCUGCUGGGGUUGGGUUUGGCAUGAUGGGGAUCUGA